AAAAAAAAAAAUUAAAUACAUAUUUGAUCGAUUUGGAGUUCUCGGAUGUUGAAAAUCUCCGAUCGGCGAUGAAAGGCGUCUCAUCGGCGCCUGGAGAUUACGUCUACUUUAAAUCUCAGGUUCCUCUUCACAAGAUUCCCAUUGGGACAAAGCAAUGGCGUUACUAUGACUUUGGUCCAAAGACUGUUCCUCCGCUCAUAUGUAUUCCUGGAAUUGCUGGAACGGCAGAUGUUUACUAUAAACAGAUUAUGGCACUCUCUAUGAAGGGUUAUCGGGUAAUCUCAGUUGACAUUCCACGGGUUUGGAAUUAUCAUGAGUGGAUUCAAGCAUUUGAGAAAUUCUUGGAUACCAUUGAUGUUCAUCACGUGCAUCUCUAUGGUACCUCCCUUGGAGGCUUCUUAGCACAACUCUUUGCUCAUCACCGUCCAAGGCGGGUUAAAUCAUUAGUUCUAUCAAAUACAUAUUUGGAUACUCGCACUUUUGCUGCUGCUAUGCCAUGGGCUCCUUUUGUUAGUUGGACUCCUUCUUUUUUGCUGAAACGAUACGUCUUAACAGGGAUACGUGAUGGACCUCAUGAACCCUUUAUCGCUGACUCUGUGGACUUCGCUGUUUCUCAGGUUGAGACAUUGUCAAAAGAUGAUUUGGCUUCCCGGUUAACUUUAACAGUGGAUGCUGCUUCCGUGGGAUCUCUACUACUCUCUGAUUCGUCAAUCACUAUAAUGGAUACGAAUGAUUACUGUGCAAUACCACAACAUCUUAAAGAUGAACUUACAGAGAGGUAUCCUGAAGCAAGGAGAGCUUACUUAAAGACCGGAGGAGAUUUCCCAUUCCUAUCACGGCCUGACGAAGUCAAUUUGCAUCUACAGCUGCACCUAAGGCGAGUAGGAGUAGAACCACGACCCGAAGUGGUUAAAAGCACUUCAAAAGGCGGCACAGAUGGCACAGACGGUAGCAGCCAGAGCAAGAAGAAGACUGAUGAGGAGAAGGACGACAAUAACAACAAUAUGCAUCAAGGCUCUGGAAGCUCAUCUUCAGAUCAAUCACCGACAUUUCCAGAAAGUUCUGGAAGCUCCAACGAUCCGCCUUUACCCACAGACACCGUUCACUUAUUGAGUUCAUCAAUGGAUAACUUCGUAUUAGUUCAACUCGCUGCUCCAGAUUCUGAAACUUUACAUGAGAAUCGCGGAACUCUAAUCGGAUCCGGGUCGGGUUUUAGCUUUAGCUCGAUAAACCCUAAACCCAAAAUCCGAGUAGGGGUUUGGUGGGAUCUAGACAACAAACCACCAGCCUCUUUCCCGCCUUACGACGCCGCCGUCAAGCUCCGAACCGCCGCGUCAUCUUUCGGAUCCGUGAAGCUAAUGGCGGCGUAUGCGAAUCGUCACGCCUUUAGCUACGUUCCUUUAGAAGUAAGAGAACAGAGGAAAGAUAGGAAAUUGCUGAACCAAUUAGAGAACAAAGGUUUAGUUAAACCGCCGGAGCCUUACUUCUGCGGCGUUUGUGACCGGAGAUUCUACGCUAACGAGAAGCUUAUCAAUCAUUUUAAGCAGAUUCAUGAGACUGAGAAUCAGAAACGUAUGAGACAGAUUGAAUCUUCGAAAGGACAUCAAAGAGUGAGGCUUGUGGCUAAGUACUCUAUGAAGAUUGAGAAGUAUAAAAGAGCGGCGAGGAACAUUUUGACACCGAAAGAAGGUUACGGGUUAGCGGAUGAGCUGAAACGAGCUGGUUUUUGGGUGAAAAUGGUUAGUGAUAAGCCAGAAGCUGCUGAUAAGGCGUUGAAGGAACAUUUGGUGGAAAUGAUGGAUAAGAGAGAAGUGGAAUGUGUUGUUUUAGUGUCUGAUGAUUCUGAUUAUGCGGGGAUUUUGUGGGAAGCGAAGGAGAGGUGUUUGAGGACGGUUGUGAUUGGGGAUUCGAAUGAAGGGGCGUUGAAGAGAGUAGCUGAUGUUGCGUAUUCGUGGAAGGAAGUUGUGAUGGGGAAGGCGAAGAAGGAAGUUGAGAAAGUUGUGGGGAAGUGGAAUGAUAGAGAUGUGUUGAAGAAGUUGGAGUGGAGUUAUGAUCCUGCUUUGGAGAAAGAGAGAGGAGGUUCUUGCGGUGUUUGGGAUUACGAGUUUGAUUGUGAUGACGAUGGUGAAUUGAUUGAGAAUGGAACAGAGGUGGAGAUUGGAGAUGGUGGUGAUUGGUGGAAGAUAGAUAAUGAAGAUAGUGUUGGAUCUUCAAGACCUUGUCGAUAACAUCAUAGCAUUGUCGGGAUUAGUUGUGCAAAGGAAGAUAACAACUUUCUAGGCAAUUAACAUGGUCUAGGCUAGAGAACAAUCUUGUGAAUCUAUGGCAUAUUACUUAAAUUUCCGGCUAGAGAACAUUCAUUGUUUCUUGUUCUCUGAGAUUAUGCAGCGUUUUGAUUUGAUCUAGUGUUUAGAGCUAUGUAAAAUUUGGUCAGAAUAAAGAUAAAUAUAAGUU